AUGUUUAAACAAGGCACGCCGGCAAUUGCUGCGUCUGAGUCGCCUUCGCUGCAGAAUGAACAGCAGGUAGAACAACCAACUAUGUUCCAAACGAUUGUUCCGACGCCUAUAAGUGUACCUAGAGAUCUUUCUAGUGGAGUUGGAUCUAAGUCAGGUCCGGUGUUACAACAUGCACUUGCAGGUUUGACGGUAUACCAGAAUUUGCCAAGCGGAUCUAUGAUUGGGGUGGAUGAUAUUACUAGGAUGAAGAUGGCACUGAUGAGUGGUGUUAACGAGGAAGUGACGUGGAGUUUGAAGAAGUAUCUGGUUUACAGUAAUAAGGCACCGUAUAUGGUGUCAUUGAAGAUGAAUAAGGAUCUUGUGGACAUAUUUAAUACAUUUGUGGUUGCGAUGGCACCUAUAUUGGGUCGGUUUGAGUGGCCUUUGGUGGAGGCGGAUUUUUAUCAGUUUGAAAAGGGCCUCAAUGCGAUUUUAAUCUUGAGGAAUUUGGCACAGGACUCAGAUUCAACGCAGGUGCUCGCUACGAACGAUACCCUGAAGUCGUUUUUGCUUUGCGUACUUCACUGGUGUAACAAGUUUCAUCAGUCGAAGCAUGUGAUGUACCAAGAGAAUGCGUCGUUGUUUAUGGAGCUGAUCAACUACGUGCUUGACUUACUCGAAGCAAUCUCUUCAUAUAUUGCUCCUGCCAAGAAGGAUGAUCCCUUUUUUCAAAAUCUGGUGUCUAUCCUUCGGAUUACCAAUGAUAGAUACCAGGUCAUUUCAAUUUUGAGAUCGUUAUCCAGGUUGCUGGUUCGCUCGAAAGCUGACCAGGAAAGUGCGGCAGACAAUUUGGAUGAUGAAAUUUUGAACGAGAUUGUAUCAUAUUUGUUGGUGGAUUGCGACAACGAACUUGUUAUGGCGUCGUUAGAUUUCUUGUACCAAUAUAUUUUGCCAGGUAACGAGAGAAUUACAACUCUGCUUUCCAAUCCAGAAAGGAAUUCUGUGUUAACUACAAUUUUACCUAGCCUUUUGACAUACAAUGUUGAACUUCCAGACUAUGAUUAUUUGUCGAAGGUAGAGAUAAAGUUGGUUAGAAGGGUAAAACCAAAACCUCCCACGCAUGUUCCUACUUUACAGCCUGAUCUUUUUCAAAAGCUGCUCGAGUUGAACGAGCCAAUGAGGUCUACUGCUUGGUUGAGGUGUUGCUUUGAGUCUGCGGCGGAAUCCGAGGUAACCCAGAUAUCUCUGUGGAAAAGCUACGAACAUAUUUUCAGUGAACCGGUAAAACAGUCAGGUAGAAGGUUGCUUCCAGCUGUAGAAUUUAUUAAGAAUGUAUCAAAUGCCUUCAUGGGGGCUGCUGCCAUGGUUGUUACCGAUUCGGUAACAGCGCAGAAAAGAUUUGUGAUAAAAGGCAUUCAGCCCAAAUUGAAAGCAAUUAGUAUAGCAGAUGGAGAGGCCGCUGCAUUGGCUGCUACAAAUUCCUCCUCGUCAGGUUCGAGCAAUGGUUCUGGUACAGGAGAUAACAGAAACUCUGACUUUGAAGAGCCUUUGAAAAAUUCUGAAGCUAAACAAAUCGUGUUACCUAGGCUGAAAUUUCCUUCCAAAUUAUCCGAUGUCUCAAAAGCUAGUGCCACAUUUUUGUGCUUAUUAUCUAACGAUACACAUGGUCUUGGUUUAAAAUUCUGUAAUGCCGUAAAGCCAAUUAUCAUGCACACUUUAGCUGAUGUUCCGCCAUUGAACGCGGUGUUAAAUGAAUUCAUGGAUAAUAUCCCUACACUAUAG